AGCCUUCCAGCUCCCCAUGGGGAGAUCAGUCCUGGGAGAGGCUGAGAAGCAGAGAGGGAGCAAGGGACUCACUGGGUGGACGGGCAGGACUGACUGGAGACCACACAGGGACAAGGAGCUUCUGGGCAGCCGGGAGCUGUUCUCAGCAGGGGAAGGAGGCCGUGAGAGUUCCAGACAGCGGGGACCGCAACCGACCUUACUUUACAGAUCCCGAAUCAAGGCUGCCCCACGUGGAAGAGGGACCCCUAAGUCAGCAAGAUGGGGGAAAUGGAACAGAUGAAGCAGGAGGCUGAGCAGCUGAAGAAGCAGAUUGCGGAUGCCCGGAAAGCUUGUGCAGACACGACACUUGCUCAGAUUGUAUCUGGAAUGGAAGUCGUUGGCCGCAUUCAGAUGCGGACCCGAAGGACCCUACGUGGGCACCUGGCCAAGAUCUAUGCCAUGCACUGGUCCACGGACUCCAAACUUCUGGUCAGUGCCUCACAAGAUGGGAAACUGAUUGUAUGGGACACAUACACAACUAACAAGGUUCAUGCCAUCCCUUUGCGUUCUUCCUGGGUCAUGACCUGUGCCUAUGCUCCCUCAGGAAAUUUUGUGGCCUGUGGGGGCCUUGACAACAUGUGUUCCAUCUACAAUCUCAAGACUCGUGAAGGCAACGUCAAAGUGAGCAGGGAGCUCUCAGCCCAUACAGGUUACCUCUCCUGCUGCCGAUUUCUUGAUGACAACAAUAUUGUGACUAGCUCUGGAGAUACCACAUGUGCGCUCUGGGACAUUGAGACAGGGCAGCAGAAGACUGUGUUCCUGGGUCACACUGGAGACUGUAUGAGCUUGGCUGUCUCCCCAGACUUCAAACUCUUCAUCUCUGGGGCUUGUGAUGCUACUGCCAAACUGUGGGAUGUGCGUGAGGGCACCUGCCGUCAGACCUUCUCAGGACAUGAAUCGGAUAUCAACGCCAUCAGCUUCUUUCCUAAUGGUGAAGCCAUCUGCACCGGCUCAGAUGAUGCUACCUGCCGUCUCUUUGACCUCCGGGCAGACCAGGAGCUCGUUGUGUACUCUCAUGAGAGCAUCAUCUGUGGAAUCACAUCUGUCGCCUUCUCCCGCAGUGGGCGCCUCUUGCUUGCUGGAUAUGAUGACUUCAACUGCAACAUCUGGGACUCCCUGAAAGGAGAACGUGUGGGAAUCCUUUCUGGCCAUGACAACAGAGUGAGCUGCCUGGGGGUGACAGCAGAUGGCAUGGCUGUUGCCACCGGCUCCUGGGACAGCUUCCUCAAGAUUUGGAACUGAGGACGGCAGCAGAGGGGGAAAGAGCAGCACGGAAGCAUGGCCCACAGCCUGAGCCCAUGCAAACAGCAUUGUCAACUGAGCACAACAGAAACACCUACCUACCACUCCCGCUUGUCUCUAGACACAGGUCACUUG